ACAAAUCUCUGUCUUUCAUAUUCCUCUGUGUUUUUAGUCAUUCACUCUUGCUGUUCACCAACAAAUGUGGAAAAAAAGUCUCAACACCAUGAUAUCACUGUUAUGUGAUAAAUCUGUAUUUCAACAUGCAGCAAGUGCAUUUGAUAGGUGUGUCUGGAAACUUUGAUUUUUGAACGCGUCGAAUAAGCGUUCGAUCACGUGAUCUGCCGUCUCUGGAGCUCUGGAUGGAGAAGGAGAGCCGUUCAAGGUUAAACAGGCGGAGGCGGAGUACGAGUGUCACGUGAUUCCUUUGGGAACCGGUGAAUGGCUGUCGGAGCAAAAGAUAGACUGAUUGGAGUACGAUAUCACUUCAUCCACGCACAAAAAAAAGAAGAAGAAGAAAAAAAAAAAGAAAUAUCAGAUGUAAAUCAACAAUAAGCACACCGUAUCAUUUCAUGACAAAGAAAAUCAUAACUAAAAAUGUGAUUUAAUGGCCGCAGUAGAUUCGGUGGCACAGGAAUGGGAGUAUUUUUGUAAAAGUGGCUUGGCAGCUCCUGAUGAUAAAAAUAGGAGCAGCCUGAUUGAAAUCUGUAUAAAUUCACACAUGACGUUACAGGAAUCAUCCAGCAGCAGCAGCAGCAUCUCCUCAUGCAUGUGCAGCCCUAUAGGUGCAUCAUCAUCAUCCUCCUCCUCCUCCUCCUCCUCCGCGCGCUGAGGGAGGAGACAGAGGUGAGCCACAGUCAGACCUGUCUGUCGUUCAUUCUCUCUUCCUCUCGGGCCUGUGGAGCAGCAGCAGCAUCUCUCCUCUAAUCUCUCUCUCCAUGCAGCAGCGCGUCGGGAGCAACUCUCUCAAUGACUGAGACAUGCUCGCCUUCGCUUUAGUUGCUGGAUCUGUCUGGGUUGUACUAGAGCUCAGCUCCACUCUUAUGGAGAAGAUGCAGUCUCGGGAUCUGCUGCUGGGGCUUCAGCUGCCGGAGCUGGAGGAUCUGGGUCAGUUCAUCCGCUCUCUACCCACCUCCACACUGCUGGGUCUGGGCGCUCUCACCGCGGUGCUGGCCUACUGGAUCACCACACGCCCGCGAUCCAUCGUCCCGCCCUGCGACCUCCGGCACCAGUCACAGGAAGUACAGAUGGAAGACGGCGCUCGAAGGUCCAUGAUGGGCAGCAGGUCCGAGCUGCUCUCUUACUACCACGAGGACGCCAAGACCAUGUACGAGGUGUUUCAGCGAGGUCUGCACAUCACCGGUGAUGGACCGUUUCUAGGCUCCAGACUGCCCAAUCAACCCUACACAUGGCUGUCUUACAAAGAGGUGUCCAGCAGGGCGGAGCUCUUGGGCUCUGGUUUGUUGUCUCAGGGAUGUCAGCCCAAUACGGAUCAGUUCAUCGGGGUGUUUGCGCAGAACAGGCCUGAGUGGAUCAUUUCUGAGCUGGCGUGCUACACGUACUCAAUGGUGGUGGUGCCGCUCUACGACACUCUGGGACCCGACGCCAUCCGCUACAUCAUCAAAACAGCUGAAAUCUCCACAGUAAUCUGUGAUAAACCAGAGAAAGCCACGGUGCUUCUGGAAAACGUUCAGAGAAGAGAGACGCCCGGUCUGAAGAUGAUCAUCCUCAUGGAUGCGUUUGAUGCUCAGCUGGUAGAAGAAGGCCAGAAGUGUGGUGUUCACAUCCAGGCGCUUAAAGAUGUGGAGGCUCUGGGUCGAGAUCACCACAGGAAACCAGUGCCGCCGGCACCGGAUGACCUGUCCAUCGUCUGCUUCACCAGUGGAACCACAGGAGAUCCAAAGGGAGUGAUGCUGACCCACGGCAACGUUGUUGCCGACUUCGCUGGCUUUUUGAAAGUGACAGAUAAAGUCAUCUUUCCAAACCAAGACGACGUGCUCAUUUCCUUCCUGCCUCUUGCUCACAUGUUCGAGAGGCUGAUUGAGUCUGUGGUGAUCUGCCAUGGCGGGAGGAUUGGCUUUUUCCAAGGCGAUAUCCGCCUUCUUCCUGAUGACAUGAAGGCUCUCAGGCCCACGAUAUUUCCAGUGGUGCCGCGUCUCCUGAACCGCAUGUAUGACAAGAUCUUCAGUCAGGCCAACAACUCCGUGAAGCGCUGGCUGCUGAACUUCGCGGCCAAAAGAAAAGGAGCGGAGGUGAGCCGUGGCGUUAUCCGCAGCGACAGCAUAUGGGACAAGAUCUUCUUCCAUAAGAUCCAGGCCAGUCUGGGUGGGAGGCUGCGGAUGAUCAUCACCGGAGCGGCUCCCGCGUCCCCGUCCGUCCUGGGCUUCCUGAGAGCGGCACUGGGCUGUCAGGUGUACGAGGCGUACGGUCAGACCGAGUGCACCGCCGGAUGCACCUUCACCACCCCUGGAGACUGGACGUCCGGUCAUGUAGGAGCUCCGCUGCCGUGUAACCUCAUUAAACUGGUGGAUGUGGCUGAGAAGAACUACUUUGCUGCUAAAGGAGAGGGCGAGGUUUGUGUGAAAGGCCCAAACGUCUUCAAGGGUUAUCUGAAAGACCCCGUGAGGACCGCUGAGACGCUGGAUGCGGACGGAUGGCUUCACACUGGAGACAUUGGGAAAUGGCUGCCGAAUGGCACACUGAAGAUCAUCGACAGGAAGAAGCACAUCUUUAAGUUAGCUCAAGGUGAAUAUAUUUCCCCAGAGAAGAUAGAAAACAUCUACAUCCGCAGUGAACCCGUGUGUCAGCUCUACGUCCACGGCGACAGCCUGCAGUCGUGUCUGGUGGGAAUCAUCGUCCCGGAUCCCGAGGUCUUUCCCUCAUGGGCUCAGAAGAAAGGCUUUGAAGGAUGCUUUGAUGAGCUGUGUGAAAAUAAAGACCUGAAGAAAGCCAUCCUGGAUGACAUGGUGCGUUUGGGAAAAGCUAGUGGCCUCCAUUCAUUCGAACAGGUUAAAGACAUCUACAUUCACAAAGAAUUGUUCUCCAUACAAAACGGAUUGCUGACCCCCACUUUAAAAGCCAAGAGACCGGAGUUGAAGGAAUAUUUCAAGAUGGAAAUCGAACAACUGUACAGCAACAUCUCCAUGUAACUGUUCUGUCACCAAAAGAUGAGGACGUUUUAUUCGCAUUGGCAUUCAUUCACUAUUUGUUCUUCCUCGCUCAAAACUAGCAGGCACUAAAUGCUCCGAAUGAGCCAUGGGCGUCAAGACAAGCAUGAGCUUACUCGCUAAAAGAGUCAUGAAACGAGUAAUUCCCCCUUUGGCCGUGAAUGUCAACAGUCGGUGUGCCUUUAGAAAUGUGUCCGAGCUGCAUCCAGAUCAAGUCCUCCUCUAAAGCAGAAGCAGUUCCAGCUCGCAUGCAUGCUUCACUCGAGGAGAGCGACGAUAACCCAAAGUUCAUGUCCAUUCAUGUUUCGUUCGUGGGUCCAAAGGGAAUUCGAAUGGCACAUUCCCAGCUAAAAGCCAUGCAUGCUGUGUUCCGGCGUUCCAUGACCGACAUUCCCAGGUCCUUUGCGGCAUCAGAAGACAUUUUACAUACUUACAUUUCACAUGCACAACACUCACCAUAUGAUACUUGUCUAUGUAGUAAAGAGUGGCUCGCUUGAUCAAAGUGAGCAGAACAAUGAAAUUCUGGGCUGACCUGAUGGAUCAACUAGCUUUUCAGUUCUUUUUCAUCCCAAAGUAUUUCAAUAGUAGAGUACAUUUUGAAUAAAACUAGAUGUGAAACUAUUUAAGCAAUGGUUUGAAGUGUAGAGAAACCAAUAAGAUUGAAUCUGCUCUUGAAUGAUAUCAGAACUUUAUCUUUGUUUUCCACGAGGGGACAGGAAUGGGGAAUAUGAAUCUGCAGAGAUGUUAAUUCAUUCUUGGUUACUUUAGCUUUCAUUUAUGGCAUUUAAACAUGAUGCAUUUCACAUGGCACCUUUCAGUCUGGCCUAAAUUGUGUUUGUCUCUUUGUUAGAAUAUUAUUAGCUAAUUUAAUGAUCAGGGUUAUUCCGUUAUUCAUUUAUUUAUUACUAUCAGAGGUUAUUCUAAACAGUAACUCCAUUUGGAUGCCACUAAGCUCUGCAUAACUUUAUGCUUACUGAUACUUUUUUUUUUUUUCUCACAAAAAUCAAUCCAAUAAGUAUACAUUCCUGCUGAUUUCAGUGGUCAGUACGCCAACACGUCAGACUGAAGCCCAAAGUCUGUCUAAAGCAUUCAAAGUCUUUCAGUCAAACAGCUAUUAGACAUCUACCAGUCUGAACAUGUGAGCCUUACACAUUUUAUAUUGUUAAAAUUUGGAGAAAGGAAGUUUUUGUUUUGUUAUUGAAACAGUUCACCUGCAUCUUUUCCUAAUAAUAAAGUCUUUUAUCCGCAUGUACAUCUCUGCAUAUACACAAAAAUAGUGAUGAUGAGUGUGUGCAAAAAAUGUAAAAAUAAAGAAGAAUUCUUUGUAAUUCUA